AUGGGGACAUGUGGGGAGACAGACCAGGAACAUGGGGACAUUUUGCCAACAGACCAGGAACAUGGGGACAUUUUGCAGACAGACCAGGAAUAUAGGGACAUGUGGCAGACAGACCAGGAACAUGGGGACAUUUUGCAGACAGACCAGGAAUAUAGGGACAUGUGGCAGACAGACCAGGAACAUGGGGACAUUUUGCAGACAGACCAGGAAUAUGGGGACAUGUGGCAGACAGACCUGGAACAUGGGGACAUGUGGCAGACAGACCAGGAACAUGGGGACAUGUGGGAGACAUACCAGGAACAUGGGGACAUGUGGGAGACAGACCAGGAACAUGGGGACAUUUUUCAGACAGACCAGGAUCAUGGGGACAUUUUGCCAACAGACCAGGAACAUGGGGACAUUUUGCAGACAGACCAGGAACAUGGGGACAUGUGGCAGACAGACCAGGAACAUGGGGACAUUUUGCAGACAGACCAGGAACAUGGGGACAUAUG